AUGAUUAUUCCGGUAAAUGAUUUGUUAGCAUUUCAGGCGUUCGAUGAUUAUCCUAAAUCAUUUGGUGAUAUCAUUCUUAAAUAUUAUGUUUUCAGGGAUACUUUAGUAUUUUGUCAGGUUGACCCGUUAAGAGUUGCUGAUUUACAAAAUUACGUUUAUGAAAAGAUAACUGAUGAAAAUUAUGAAAAGAUUAUGAAUCAUGUUUAUAAAUAUGAUCGCAAAUUCCAACAAAUCGGACUUCCUGCCAAAUUAAUUACAAGCUUAGCCGCUACAUCUGCUGACGCAACAGUUGAUGACGUUAUUAUUUCAUGCACAAAGAUGGAAGUUUUAGAGGAUAAAUGCAUUACACCAGGAUACGGUUUAAUUGAAGAAUCAGUUAAAGCAAUACCACGUUUAUUCAGUAAGGAAGAUCCAUUCAUGAUUCCAGCUCAACAUAUUGACGUUCGUUCACUAAAUGGAGGUUGCAUCACUCCUGAAGGUAUUAGCUCAGAUUUCUCAUACGCUCUUCAUAAUGUUACAGAUGUUGUGUUAGCAUUUCCGAAGAAUGCAAUGCAAAGAACAGUUUUAGAAAAUCCAAUGCUUCGAGGUCUUCAGGUCACUAUAGAUUCCAGAAACUUCCCCGAUCAAGCGAUGACCACAGUGGGCGACAUAUUCUUUACACGUAUGCUUCAAGCUUCUGAUUUAGAUGGAGUGAAUGAAUGCACAGAAGAAUACGAGGACUCAUUAACUAGACCACUUAAUGCAGAUGAUGGCACGCCAUUAGCUAGAACAUGGAAAGACCAAACUUCAUUCUUAUGCACUAUUCCAGUUCAACGUGAUGGAGCGGGUAUAUUCUUUGAUGGAUUAGAAACUUUCAACUCACAAGUUACAGUACAAGUGAAAGCUUAUCCAAUCAUUCAGGGUGAAAAUGACACUUACUGUUCAAAGGUGACAAAUCCUCCUCAGGUUUGGUUUACUAGGACUACAUAUUGGACAUGGACACCGGAUGAAGGUUUGAAAUAUCAUCCAACAGGUACACCACCACAGUAUAGAAGUUCAUAUGAUGAAAUAUUGAUGAAUAGAAAUGUUUAA